CAGUGCAGCGCUCCGCGGGGACUCAGCUGGCAGCUCCUCCCCCCGGAGGGCCUGUCCGGGGCUCUGACGUCAUCCUUGCCCGGGGCUGCACAUGGCUGCGCGGAUGAUCUGAGCUGAGCGGGUCUGGGCGGAGGAGUCAGCUGCCUGUUUUGUUGUUGUUGGGUCGGUGUGUUGGCCAGGGGGCAAGCGCAGCCGAGGCGGGGGGAGCUCCGGCCAGAACGGAUCCAACGCGCUCAGCUGGCUCCAGCUUCACCGAGCAGUUCAGGAGAUUUUUAGUAUCAUUUUUAUUUUAAGCGGUAGAGAAAAAUGUCUCGACCUCUCCCUUUGAACCCAACUUUCCUACCUCCGACUUACGGGGUGCUGAAAUCCCUGCUGGAAAACCCUCUCAAGCUGCCGCUAAAUCACGAAGACGCAUUUGGUAAAGAAAAAGACAAAGAAAAGAAGCUAGAUGAUGACAGCACCAGCGACUCAGUCCCCCAGUCAGCUUUCUUGGGGCCAACAUUAUGGGACAAGACACUGCCAUAUGAUGGAGACACUUUCCAGUUGGAAUACAUGGACCUGGAAGAAUUCCUCUCGGAAAAUGGAAUUCCGCCCAGCCCAGCCCAACAUGAUCACAGUCCACACCAGCCAAAUCUCCAGCAAGCUACCUCAGCAGCACCCUCUGUCAUGGACCUCAGCAGCAGGGCAUCUACAUCAGUCCAUCCGGGCAUGGUGUCUCAAAAUUGCAUGCAGAGCCCAGUCAGACCAGGUCAGAUCUUGCCAACAAAUCGUAACACGCCAAGUCCCAUCGACCCUGAGACAAUCCAAGUUCCCGUGGGUUAUGAACUUGACCCCGCAGAUCUUGCUCUCUCCAGCAUUCCUGGCCAGGAGAUGUUUGACCCUCGUAAACGCAAGUUCUCAGAGGAAGAGCUCAAACCACAGCCGAUGAUUAAAAAAGCCCGUAAAGUCUUCAUUCCAGAAGAUCUGAAGCAGGAUGACAAAUACUGGGCAAGACGUAGAAAGAACAAUAUGGCUGCCAAGCGAUCGAGAGAUGCCCGGAGGCUGAAGGAAAACCAGAUUGCCAUCCGUGCCUCUUUCCUGGAGAAAGAGAACUCAGCCCUCCGCCAAGAGGUGGCUGACUUACGGAAAGAGCUGGGCAAAUGCAAGAACGUGCUGGUGAAGUAUGAAGCUCGUCAUGGGCCCCUGUAAAUGGCGAUUUUUAUUCCUUCUUUUUUGUUGUGGGUUGGCAUUUUAAUAGAUGGACAAAGUGUUUCCUGUUUGAUAGCACCACACCCAAACCAACCUGUCUGUCAUCAGCACUUUACCAGAAGCAGAAACAAAACUGACUUACUAUUAUUAUUUUUCAUUUGUGUAUGCGUGUGUGUGCACAUCUCAGCACCUCCCGUUUUUAUGAAACCUUCUUCAAAGGGUGACACAUUUUUACCUGGACUAUUAAGAACUGCCAUGUGCUUUUCAUUUUUUGUUGUUGUCAGUGCUGCUUCUGAUUUGGAUUUUUAUGUUGUUCUAAACAGUUUCAUCCUCACCAUUUACUUGCAAAGAUCCCAGUAAAAAUAAACCAUAACAAUUAAAAAAAGGUAGAUCUCAGUUUUCAAGAGUAACAAGCUAUUGUUUAAUUAUGUCUAAUCAGAAAAGUUAACAUGCUAAUGAAGUGCACAAACAAUAAUUCAGUACAACACUACAGAAAUAUUAAUUUAUAGAUUGCUUUUGUUGUAUUUUAAGUUUUGGUGAUAGCUGUCGUCAGAUUUAAAGUGCUGUUAAACUGAGUUAGCUCUGCUCGUUAUAGAUCCCAUUAUGACUUAUCUAUAUCUACUAAGCUUUCUUUUAUUUCCACCAACACCAGAUAGAUAGGAGUACUAUUAAUAAAAUACAGAGUGUGUAUUUUGCACUGUCUGUACCUAAAGCAAUAAUCCUAUUGUACACUAGCGCAUGCUGCCUGGGUGUUCCUAGUGGAUGUAGGAUGACUUCCCUACUUAAUACAAGUUUUAAUGUCUUAUAAAUAAAAGACCCAUUGAUAUGAGCAUGGUGAAAGCAUCCCUGGAACAGAAUGUGUGUAUGAAAGAGAGAGGACAAUUAGUCGAUACAAGAACAAAAUUAAAAAGUAUCAAAUCAGAUUUGAUUUUGAAAUUAGAGGAGUUUUUCUUUUAGUUUUCAUUUAAUUUUGAAUUGCUUGGAGUCCCAUUUUGUGAUUAAUUAACUAUUCAUUUUUCCACUUUUUGUAAUAUAUUUUCUGAGGAUUGUAUCUUGCUGUUUUAAAAUCAUUUUUAUUCAGUUAGAAGAGUCACAGUUUUGCAAACCCCACUUUUUCUGGUGAUGUUAUUUUGAGCAUGUCUUGAACUGAUUGUUCUGAACUUUAUUCUGUUUUCUCUCUACCUGCUUUUGAACAUAUGUUCUGUUACAAAGUGGACUUCUGAAAACGAAUGUAAGAAACACUGGUGAAUUUCAGAAGGCAAUGGUGUUGUCAUAUACUGUGGUUAAUCCAAUCAAUUUAUAUGUUUACUAUAGACCAAAAGAAUAGAUAUUAUAAAAUGUAUAAAGUUUAUACAGAAUAAUUAUAGUAUGGGGUGUUUUGUACAGUAUUUUUCAAAUACAAAUACUGACAGUGUAUUUUGAAAGACAUAUUAUAUAUAGCAAAGAAAAAGAAAAAGCUAUUCCAUGUUUAAAAUAUAUAGCAAAGAUAUAUAUUCACCAAUAUUGUACAGAGAGGAUGUGCUUUAGGUUUUUUGAGGUCUUUAAUAUUUUAAACCUACCACUGACACAUCAGCAUAUGUUGUGCUUUAAAUUAAAAUUUUCUGAAGGUAAUAUGGCUUGACAGGGUGAUUCAUAUAACUAAAAUAUUAAAAGGCUUAAUAAUUUUCCAUCAGAAACAUAUAAAGAAUGUGUUUGACACAGACAAAGUACAACAUGGAAUUUAGGCAAAUAUAUAUUGGACAAUGUAAUAUUUUGUAGAGGCAGAAAAAUAAUGUAGACUACAAAAAAAUCUCACGCUCAUUUCAAAUCUGCCACUGCUAGAAUUUGUUUCCAUCUGAAAUCUUAAUAAAUAGCCUUGGUCAUUUAUACA